UUUUAAUGAAUUUGGACUCCAUGUGGAUUUGGUCGUCCCCGUGAUUGCGAGCUGCGGGCAGCGAGAGGGGCAGCGCGCCGCGCUCGGCAGCCGGCGGCCGAGGCGGACGGGCCGGGAGCGGAAGGACAGACCGACGUCGGCGAGCUGGAACCAUGUGAGGGCCAGCCCAGGAAGGUGGAGUAGAUGAGAACUCCGAGGAUCUGUGUCCUCCUUCCCUCGGCCCCACUCAGAAUGGAACAGAGGCGGCCCUGGCCACGGGCUGCAGAGGUUGACAGCUGGUCUGUGGUCCUGCUCUCCAUGGUCUGGGUGCUGCUGGCCCCCGGGGCCGCCGGCAUGCCUCAGUUCAGCACCUUCCACUCGGAGAACCGGGACUGGACCUUCAACCACCUGACCGUGCACCGAGGCACAGGGGCAGUAUACGUGGGGGCCAUCAACCGGGUGUACAAGCUGACGGGCAACCUGACCAUCCAGGUGGCUCACAAGACGGGGCCUGAAGAGGACAACAAGUCCUGUUACCCACCGCUCAUCGUGCAGCCCUGCGGCGAGGUGCUGACCCUCACCAACAACGUCAACAAGCUGCUCAUCAUCGACUACUCGGAGAACCGCCUGCUGGCCUGCGGGAGCCUCUACCAAGGGGUGUGCAAGCUGCUGCGGCUGGACGACCUGUUCAUCCUGGUGGAGCCGUCGCACAAGAAGGAGCACUACCUGUCCAGCGUCAACAAGACCGGCACGAUGUACGGCGUGAUUGUGCGCUCGGACGGCGAGGACGGCAAGCUGUUUAUCGGCACCGCCGUGGACGGCAAGCAGGAUUACUUCCCAACCCUGUCCAGCCGGAAGCUGCCCCGCGACCCCGAGUCGUCCGCCAUGCUCGACUACGAGCUGCACAGCGACUUCGUCUCCUCCCUCAUCAAGAUCCCCUCCGACACCCUGGCCCUGGUCGCCCACUUCGACAUCUUCUACAUCUACGGCUUUGCCAGCGGGGGCUUCGUCUACUUCCUGACGGUGCAGCCCGAGACCCCUGAGGGCGUGGCCAUCAACUCGGCGGGGGACCUGUUCUACACGUCCCGCAUCGUUCGCCUCUGCAAGGACGAUCCCAAGUUCCACUCCUACGUGUCCCUGCCCUUCGGCUGCACUCGGGCCGGCGUGGAGUACCGCCUCCUGCAGGCCGCUUACCUCGCCAAACCCGGGGACUCCCUGGCCCAGGCCUUCAAUAUCAGUGGCCAGGAUGACGUGCUCUUUGCUAUCUUCUCCAAGGGGCAGAAGCAGUACCACCACCCGCCAGACGACUCUGCCCUCUGUGCCUUCCCCAUUCGGGCCAUCAACCUGCAGAUCAAGGAGCGCCUGCAGUCCUGCUACCAGGGGGAGGGCAACCUGGAGCUCAACUGGCUCCUGGGGAAGGACGUCCAGUGCACCAAGGCGCCGGUCCCCAUCGACGACAACUUCUGUGGACUGGACAUCAACCAGCCGCUGGGAGGCUCGACUGCAGUGGAGGGCCUGACCCUGUAUACCACCAGCCGGGACCGCAUGACCUCCGUGGCCUCCUACGUUUACAAUGGCUACAGCGUGGUUUUUGUGGGGACGAAGAGCGGCAAGCUGAAAAAGAUUCGAGCCGAUGGUCCCCCCCAUGGAGGGGUCCAGUACGAGAUGGUCUCUGUGCUCAAAGAUGGGAGCCCCAUCCUCCGGGACAUGGCCUUCUCCAUUGAUGAGCGUUACCUGUACAUCAUGUCUGAGAGACAGAUCGCCAGGGUCCCCGUAGAAUCCUGUGAGCAGUACACGACCUGUGGGGAAUGUCUGAGCUCGGGGGACCCUCACUGUGGCUGGUGUGCCCUGCACAAUAUGUGCUCCCGCAGGGACAAGUGCCAGAGGGCCUGGGAACCUAACCGAUUUGCGGCCAGCAUCAGCCAGUGCAUGAGCCUCGAGGUGCAUCCCAGCAGCAUCUCAGUGUCUGAACACAGCCGGCGGCUCAGCCUGGUUGUGAGUGAUGCUCCUGACCUGUCUGUGGGCAUCUCCUGUGCCUUUGGGAACCUGACCGAGGUGGAGGGACAGGUGUCUGGGAGCCAGGUCAUCUGCAUCUCACCAGGGCCCAGGGAUGUCCCUGUCAUCCCUCUGGAUCAAGACUGGUUUGGGCUAGAGCUGCAGCUGAGAUCCAAGGAGACUGGGAAGAUAUUUGUCAGCACUGAGUUCAAGUUCUACAACUGCAGUGCCCACCAACUGUGCCUGUCUUGUGUCAACAGCGCCUUCCGCUGCCAUUGGUGCAAAUACCGGAACCUCUGCACUCACGACCCCACCACUUGCUCCUUCCAGGAGGGCCGGAUCAAUAUUUCAGAGGACUGUCCCCAGCUGGUGCCCACAGAGGAAAUUCUGAUACCAGUCGGAGAGGUUAAGCCAAUCACUCUGAAGGCUCGGAACCUGCCCCAGCCCCAGUCGGGCCAGCGAGGCUAUGAGUGCGUCCUCAGCAUCCAGGGGGCAGUCCACCGCGUGCCCGCCCUGCGCUUCAACAGCUCCAGCGUCCAGUGCCAGAACAGCUCGUACCAGUAUGAUGGGAUGGACAUCAGCAACCUGGCCGUGGACUUCGCUGUGGUGUGGAAUGGCAAUUUCAUCAUCGACAACCCGCAGGACCUGAAAGUCCAUCUCUACAAGUGUGCGGCCCAGCGGGAGAGCUGCGGCCUCUGCCUGAAGGCCGACCGGAAGUUCGAGUGUGGCUGGUGCAGCGGCGAGCGCAGGUGCACCCUCCAGCAGCACUGCACCAGCCCCUCCAGCCCCUGGCUUGACUGGUCCAGCCACAACGUUAAGUGCUCCAACCCUCAAAUCACCGAGAUCUUGACGGUGUCUGGACCACCUGAAGGAGGGACUCGAGUGACCAUCCAUGGCGUGAACCUGGGCCUGGACUUCUCUGAGAUCGCCCACCACGUGCAGGUGGCUGGGGUGCCCUGCACCCCCUUGCCGGGGGAUUACAUCAUCGCUGAGCAGAUCGUCUGUGAGAUGGGUCAUGCCCUCGUGGGAACCACCUCCGGGCCCGUGCGCCUGUGCAUUGGCGAGUGUAAGCCAGAGUUCAUGACCAAGUCCCAUCAACAGUACACCUUUGUGAACCCUUCCGUGCUGUCACUCAACCCCAUCCGAGGGCCAGAAUCGGGAGGCACCAUGGUGACCAUCACGGGCCAUUACCUCGGGGCUGGGAGCAGCGUGGCUGUAUACCUGGGCAACCAGACCUGCGAGUUCUAUGGGAGGUCAAUGAACGAGAUUGUGUGCGUCUCACCCCCGUCAUCCAACGGACUGGGCCCAGUCCCAGUUUCCGUGAGUGUCGACCGAGCCCGCGUGGAUAACAACCUGCAGUUCGAGUACAUAGACGACCCCCGGGUGCAGCGCAUUGAGCCGGAGUGGAGCAUUGCCAGUGGCCACACACCCCUGACCAUCACAGGCUUCAACCUGGAUGUCAUUCAGGAGCCAAGGGUCCGAGUCAAGUUUAAUGGCAAGGAAUCUGUCAAUGUGUGCAAAGUCGUGAACACCACCACCCUGACCUGCCUGGCGCCCUCUCUGACCACGGACUACCGGCCCGGCCUGGACGCCGUGGAGCGGCCAGAUGAGUUUGGCUUCGUCUUUAACAACGUCCAGUCCCUGCUCAUUUACAACGACACUAAGUUCAUCUACUACCCCAACCCAACCUUUGAACUGCUCAGCCCUACAGGAGUCUUGGAUCAAAAGCCAGGAUCCCCAAUCAUUCUGAAGGGCAAAAACCUCUGCCCUCCCGCUUCUGGAGGUGCCAAACUCAACUACACAGUGCUGAUCGGAGAGACCCCAUGUGCUGUCACCGUGUCUGAGACACAGCUCCUCUGCGAGCCUCCCAACCUCACGGGGCAGCACAAAGUCAUGGUUCACGUGGGCGGGAUAGUGUUCUCUCCUGGCUCGGUGAGUGUCGUCUCAGACAGCUUGCUGACCCUGCCAGCCAUUGUCAGCAUCGCGGCAGGCGGCAGCCUCCUCCUCAUCAUCGUCAUCAUCGUCCUCAUUGCCUACAAGCGGAAGUCUCGAGAAAACGACCUCACUCUCAAGAGGCUCCAGAUGCAGAUGGACAACCUGGAGUCCCGUGUGGCCCUGGAGUGUAAGGAAGCUUUUGCUGAGCUCCAGACAGACAUCAAUGAGCUGACCAGUGACCUGGACCGCUCGGGAAUCCCCUACCUGGAUUACCGCACCUAUGCUAUGCGAGUUCUGUUCCCUGGCAUUGAGGACCAUCCCGUGCUGCGGGAGCUGGAGGUACAGGGGAACGGGCAGCAGCACGUGGAGAAGGCCCUGAAGCUCUUCGCCCAGCUCAUCAACAACAAGGUGUUCCUGCUGACCUUCAUCCGCACCCUAGAGCUCCAGCGCAGCUUCUCCAUGCGUGACCGUGGCAACGUGGCCUCGCUCAUCAUGACAGGCCUGCAGGGCCGCCUGGAGUAUGCCACCGAUGUCCUCAAACAGCUGCUCUCGGACCUCAUCGAGAAGAACCUGGAGAACAAGAACCACCCGAAGCUACUGCUGCGGAGGACAGAGUCUGUAGCUGAGAAGAUGCUGACCAACUGGUUUGCCUUCCUCCUGCACAAGUUCCUGAAGGAGUGCGCGGGGGAGCCCCUCUUCAUGCUCUACUGCGCCAUCAAGCAGCAGAUGGAGAAGGGCCCCAUCGACGCCAUCACGGGUGAGGCCCGCUACUCUCUGAGUGAAGACAAGCUCAUCCGGCAGCAGAUCGAGUACAAGACCCUGAAGUACUUGACAGUUGCAUUUCCUGGUUCACCCACACUGUACCUUUGGUACCCUUCUCAGGUGUCAGACAGAUCGGUGGUGGCUCUGGUCCCCAAACAGACGUCCUCCUACAACAUCCCAGCCUCUGCCAGUAUCUCGCGGACACCCAUCGGCAGAUACGACUCCUCCUUCAGGUACACAGGCAGCCCCGACAGCCUGCGGUCCCGAGCCCCAAUGAUCACCCCAGACCUGGAGAGCGGGGUUAAGGUGUGGCAUCUGGUGAAGAACCAUGACCAUGGGGACCAGAAGGAGGGUGACCGGGGCAGCAAGAUGGUGUCUGAGAUCUACUUGACCCGACUACUGGCCACCAAGGGCACCCUGCAGAAGUUCGUGGACGACUUGUUUGAGACCUUGUUCAGCACGGUGCACCGGGGCAGCGCUCUCCCCCUGGCCAUCAAGUACAUGUUUGACUUCCUGGAUGAGCAGGCAGACAGACACAGCAUCCACGACACAGAUGUGCGGCACACCUGGAAAAGCAACUGCCUCCCUCUGCGCUUCUGGGUGAACGUGAUCAAGAACCCCCAGUUUGUGUUUGACAUCCACAAGGGCAGCAUCACGGAUGCCUGCCUGUCCGUGGUGGCCCAGACCUUCAUGGACUCUUGCUCCACAUCAGAGCACCGGCUGGGCAAGGACUCCCCCUCCAACAAGCUGCUCUACGCCAAGGACAUCCCCAGCUACAAGAGCUGGGUGGAGAGAUACUACGCAGACAUUGCCAAGCUGCCCGCCAUCAGUGACCAGGACAUGAACGCCUACCUGGCUGAGCAGUCCCGUCUGCACGCUGCGGAGUUCAAUAUGCUGAGUGCCCUCAAUGAGAUCUACUCCUACGUCAGCAAGUACAGCGAAGAGCUCAUCGGGGCCCUGGAGCAGGACGAGCAGGCCCGGCGACAGCGGCUGGCGUACAAGGUGGAGCAGCUCCUAAAUGCUAUGUCCAUCGAGAGCUGAGAGACGGAGCCUCACGUUCCCAGGAAGAGGGGCCUGGGAAAGCUGUCACACUUGGAGUCUCAGAAGGCAGGACAAGUGAAGGGGAUCAGACCCCAGAGCUUGCUGUCCCCUGAGACCCCACCCCGGGGAGAGAGGAGGGCCCCUCCCCGCCACGCCAGCCACGGCCCAUCAGCGCCACUCCUGCAGGGACAGACGGCGGGCAUCGUCCACCCACAGCGAACCACAGAGAGGCCGGGGGCGCCGAGAAGGUGGUUCUUCAAGCCGAGAGGCACGAACUGGGGAACAGUUCUGCCUCUGACUGCUGCUUUGCAUGAAAACUCAUUUGAUGUAUAUUGGGGAAAUAAUGAGAACUUUAUUUAAUUUUUUUUAAGAAAAAGGAAAAAAAAAAAAAACCCAGAAAUAAAACAAAACAAAAAGCCUCCCUGUUCAUCCCGUCCCACUUCUGUUUCAAUCUGAUUUCCGACCCCAUUGCUUCUCCCCGCCCUCCCCCUCUUCCUCGAAUGACUCCCAUUUCCAAAUGC